AUGGCGGGUCUGACUUGGAUCAGAUUGCACCUCAAUCCGUGGUCCAAUGUGUCAAAAUUCGAAGAUGUCUCGGCCGCGGACAGACGCCAAUAUAUCCUCGAUUCCCUUGAACAUUCAAGACGAAGGGAAUGGUUGUGGGUUGUCGUUGUGGCUGGGGUUGGCUUCUUGACAGACGCCUACAAUAUCUUCGCCAUCAACCUUGUCAUGCCUUUGAUAGGGCAUAUCUACUAUCCAAGCUCGGAGCGGGUUUACUCUCCAACCUCGACACCUGUGCGCGGUGUGGUGCCCAAAGAAUAUGCAGUUGCUAUAAAUAUUGCAACUUUAGGAGGAAGCAUACUAGGCCAGUUAGGCUUCGGGCUUGUUGGAGACUGGUUGGGUCGAAGAAAGGCUUAUGGCCUUGAGCUGAUGAUCACAGUUGCUGCUGCCCUGGGAUCGGCCAUGGCCUCGAACGGCAUCAACGGAUCCAUGUCACUGAUUGGGUGGCUCAUAUUCUGGCGCCUGAUUAUGGGCAUUGGCAUCGGAGCUGACUACCCACUGAGUGCCGUCCUGUGCUCUGAGAUGGCGCCGACCAGGCUUCGCGGCAGAAUGUUGACCGCUGUCUUCAUGUGUCAGCCACUCGGUCAGCUUCUUGCUACAUUGGUCCCUUUGAUCGCCGUAUACGCCGCUCGUAAUUCGAUACCCCACGACUCACAAGUGUGUGAAGGAGAAUGCCUGAAGACCCUGGAUGUCAUAUGGCGUCUGGUUCUUGGGCUUGGAGCGGUACCUGCCGCUGCUUCCCUCUGGUUCCGUCUAACUAUUAUCGAGAGUCCAAGAUAUACCGUUGACAUCGUAAGAGACGACCAUCAAGCAGCCGUCGAUGUCAACCGUUACUUCUAUUCGGGUGACCACUUCUCGACUCGAAGCCGUGUUUCCUUCCAGCAAGAUCACGAAGAUGAGAUAAAUUCAGAAGAAGUCAAUAAUCCGAUUUUUCCUCUUUCGGUUAUGGAUACCGAAGAAGUGCACCAACCGCCUCAAGCCUCUUGGAUAGAUGUUAAAGACUAUUUUUGGCACCAGGGGAACUACCGCACAUUGGUCGCGACAUCACUGACAUGGCUAUCACUCGAUCUUGCGUUCUACGGACUUGGCAUGAAUGAUUAUACCACUCUUGAGAUAAUAUGGGCAAACAACGAUGGCAGCCCUCCAGAAACAUCGUUAUAUCAAUCUUUACUAGGAAACGCCUGGCAGAGCUUGCUAAUCGUAUCGCUUGGAGCCAUACUCGGAAACCUUAUCACAUUCGUGUCGAUCAAUCGCCUAGGACGGAGAGUCAUUCAAAUCAAUGGCUUCUUCUGGUUAUUCGUCCUAUUUCUUGUGAUUGGUACAAGCUACCGUACGUUGAUGAAAACCUACAGAUCACCUGUGAUUGUCGUACUGUACAUCCUAACACAGAUUUUCUUCAACUUUGGACCAAAUACUACUACGUACAUCAUUCCAGCUGAAGUGUUUCCCACUCGCUACCGAGCGACGGCUCACGGCAUCAGUGCCGCUUUCGGCAAGCUAGGAGCUGUGUUAUCUCAAUGCAUCCUCGGGUGGCUCCACGGCAGUAUACAUACUGACAAGACAUAUCUACUUACUUAUUCUUGUAUCCAUAGCUUCUCGGCGUUCAUGCUCAUUGGGCUUGUCUUAACGGUAUACUGGAUUCCUCGCUCACGCGACAAGAACGGACAAACUUUGACAUUGGAAGAACUUGCACUCGGUCGUGCUGCCAAGUCGAAGUAG